CCAAGAAAUGCCGCACGGAUGUGAUAAGUGUCACGCUAGGUUCGUAAGGCCGUUCGAACUGAAGAAGCACUAUCUGUCGGUGCAUUAUGCUCAUAUAGAGGUGACGCCAGCCACUCGAGGUGUCAGGAAGAAGUAUUGAAGAUGCUCGACGAAUCGCUAUGUCCCCACGGCGUCUGCGUUACGUGCGUCAACUCCGUGAUCGCGGCGCAAAUGUUCAAACUGUUCGUGAAGAGUUCCGAGAAAAUAUGGCAGAAAGCCUUAAACUCUUUAACCGAACUCCCAGACGCCACCAACCACAUGGUCAAAACGUUAUUCGGCAUCGUCAAACCAGACACGUUAACCCUACACACGAUGAAAGAUUAUAGUCCUUGCGACCCCAAGGAUGUAGUGCAUAGACUGAACAACAAUCGGCCGGGAAGAAAAACCCCUAAAUCCAUCAGAGCCGGACCUCAGUGCGAGUGUCCAGACUGUGGGAAGAAAUUCAUGAGCCCAUACUACCUGAAUAUGCACCUUAUAAAUAGUGGACAGAAGGAAGCCUGUUUAACAUGUGGCGAAGUUCUAUUCAGGGGCCGAGAUUUACAGGACCACCUAAAUUACGCGCACAACACAAAUUCUAUACUUUGUCAACAAUGUCCACUAUUAUUCACCGACGAAGCCCAAUUGAGAAAGCACGUAAAAGAGGCCCAUUCGGUGGGCGCGCUCACUUGUGGGGAUUGCGGCCGGUUCUUCACUAGGAAGGCGUCGUUCGAGGCACACUCACAAAUGCACGCGGUGCGCACGUGUCGAAAAUGCGGGAUUCAGUUCAGCAAUCGGGGCUGUUACAGAGAGCACAGGCUGCAGUGUGAGCCCGACGCUCGGCCGGACCCUCACGCGUUGCCCCGAAACAAACGCUCCAAUAUCCGGGACCCGGCGUUCUUCACUUGUGACUACUGCGGAAAGACGUACACUUCCAGACCGCAGUUGAAGAAUCAUAUCUUAUGGAUACACAUGGACGUACGGCCGCAUCAGUGCCAGUGGUGUGGGAAACGGUUUUACACGUCAACUCGUUUAGCUGAACACAGCAUAGUCCAUACAAGGGAGAGGAAAUUCGAAUGUGACAUUUGUGGUGUGAAAUUGGUGUCGAAAAUGGCCGUCGUGUACCACAGACGACGCCACACCGGCGAGAAGCCGUACGAGUGUGAGGAUUGCGGUGAAAAGUUCCUGUCGUCGUCGCGUAGGUCCGAGCACGCGAAGCGAAGACACGGUAAAGGUCUUAAAAUCGAGUGUAAGGAGUGCCCCGCGAAGUUCGGCAGGACUCAGCAGCUGAAGAAACACAUGACCAAGUUCCAUAGUACACCGAUGAUAAUUAAAGUGGAAAGCUGUUGAUGAUAGACUGAUUUAUAGAUAGUUUUUGCGGAUGGAGAAUGGCUCAAAGCCAUGAAAAUAAAAGCUAUAUAGUCUAAUGAAAUGGUAUCCAAAUUUGAUCACUGAUAUUAAAUUAAAUUUAAUAAUUAACGAGGAAGUCUUAAAAAGGGUGAUUGAUACAAGAGCAUUAAAUAAAACUAACCAACCCUCUCCACCCCUCAUCCCACCACAGAAUAUAAACUGAAAAAUGCCACUGCCUCGUCUGAUUUUUUUUUUUAUACUAGAUCCAGGGCCAUAGCUAGACCUAAGUUUAGGGUGGGGCAAAAGAACUUUCUGAUCCUCUGUCUGUCCUAGACGCUUAAAAUGACUUCGAAAAAGCGAAUCUAUCUAAUUUUCUUGGAGCCUUUCAUUUUAAGGUAGGGAACUGCCUCAAUGCCCCCGCCCCCCCCAAGCUAUGGCCAUGACUCAAUCCUCUAUAUGAUUCCAUGCUCGACGUAUGUAAGUACUGUUACAACGUUUAUUACUGUAAAUAUAAUUUUAUUAUUAUA